CCCGGGGGAGGGUGGCGCCGUGAGCGAGCGGGGACUGGGCUCUCCUGCCCCUUUCCCUGUCCCUGGGCCGCCAGGAUGGAGGCGGGGUCGGGGCCCCCGGGUGGCCCGGGAUCUGAAAGCCCGAACCGAGCGGUGGAGUAUCUGCUGGAGCUGAACAACAUCAUCGAGAGUCAGCAGCAGCUGUUGGAGACCCAGAGGCGGCGGAUCGAGGAGCUGGAGGGCCAGUUGGACCAGCUCACCCAGGAGAACCGCGACCUGAGGGAGGAGAGCCAGCUGCAUCGCGGGGAGCUGCACCGGGACCCUCACAGCGCGCGGGAUAGCCCUGGCCGCGAGAGCCAGUACCAGAACCUGCGCGAGACCCAGUUUCACCACCGCGAGCUACGGGAGAGCCAGUUCCACCAGGUGGCCCGGGACGUGGGAUACCCGAACCGGGACGGCGCCUACCAGAACCGGGAGAAUGUGUAUCGGGACAAGGAGCGGGACGCCUCCUAUGCGCUCCAGGACACUACCGGUUACACAGCCCGUGAGCGCGACGUGGCCCAGUGCCACCUGCACCACGAGAACCCAGCCCUGGGUCGUGAGCGUGGCGGACGGGAGGCCGGGCCAGCACACCCCGGCCGCGAGAAGGAAGCUGGCUAUUCCGCGGCGGUGGGAGUGGGGCAGCGCCCACCGCGGGAGCGGGGCCAGUUGAGCCGUGGCGCAUCCCGGAGCUCCAGCCCAGGCGCGGGCGGAGGCCACAGCACCAGUACCAGCACCAGCCCAGCUACAACCCUCCAGAGAAAAUCUGAUGGUGAGAAUUCCAGAACAGUCAGGUCCACAGAGUCUCAUACUCUACACCAGUAUUGCUGUCCUACUCAGGUCCUUGACUCCAUGAAGCUUACCCCCUCAGGCAGGCUGGCAGAGAGCAGUGUGGAGGGUGAUGCCCCAGGCAGUGACCUGAGUACAGCGGUUGAUAGUCCUGGGAGCCAACCCCCCUACCGGCUGAGCCAGCUGCCCCCCACCAGCAGCCACAUGGGAGGCCCCCCUGCUGGGGUGGGCCUUCCCUGGGCUCAGCGAGCACGACUCCAGCCAGCCAGUGUCGCCUUGAGGAAGCAGGAAGAGGAGGAGAUAAAGCGAUCCAAGGCCCUGUCAGACAGCUACGAACUAUCUACAGACCUGCAGGAUAAGAAGGUGGAAAUGCUGGAGAGGAAGUAUGGGGGCUCCUUCCUGAGCCGCAGGGCUGCCAGGACCAUCCAGACAGCCUUCCGCCAGUACCGCAUGAAUAAGAACUUUGAGCGGCUGCGCAGCUCAGCUUCAGAGAGCCGCAUGUCCCGCCGCAUCAUCCUGUCCAACAUGCGGAUGCAAUUCUCCUUUGAGGAGUAUGAGAAGGCACAGAACCCUGCAUACUUCGAGGGCAAGCCUGCUUCACUGGACGAGGGUGCCAUGGCUGGUGCCCGCAGCCACCGGCUUGAACGGGGGCUUCCCUAUGGAGGCUCCUGUGGUGGGGGCAUUGAUGGUGGUGGAAGCUCCGUCACCACAUCUGGAGAGUUUUCUAAUGACAUCACAGAGCUUGAGGACUCCUUCUCCAAACAGGUAAAGUCUCUGGCUGAAUCCAUUGAUGAAGCCCUGAACUGUCACCCAUCAGGGCCUAUGACUGAGGAGCCAGGGUCAGCCCAACUGGAGAAGCGGGAAUCAAAGGAACAGCAAGAAGACAGCUCAGCUACAUCCUUCAGUGACCUUCCCCUCUUCUUGGAUGACCCAGUUCCCCCACCAUCCCCUGAGCGACUGCCCAGCACUGAGCCCCCACCCCAGGGCCGGCCUGAGUUCUGGGCACCUGCCCCUCUCCCACCAGUUCCUCCACCAGUGCCACCAGGGACCCGGGAAGAUGGUAGCCGUGAGGAAGGCACUCGCAGGGGUCCUGGGUGCUUGGAAUGCCGGGAUUUCCGGCUGAGAGCUGCUCACCUUCCCCUGCUUACCAUUGAGCCUCCUAGUGACAGUUCUGUAGACCUGAGUGACCGCUCAGAUCGCGGCUCUGUGCACCGCCAGCUUGUGUAUGAGGCUGAUGGCUGCAGCCCCCAUGGGACCCUGAAGCACAAGGGGCCACCAAGCAGAGCCCCAAUUCCACACCAUCACUACCCAGCCCCUGAGGGCCCAGCUCCAGCCCCACCAGGGCCCUUGCUACCAGCUCCCAAUAGUAGCACUGGCCCAAGUGGUGUGGCUGGGGGUCGGAGGUUGGGGAAGUGUGAGGCAGCAGGAGAGAACUCUGAUGGUGGAGACAACGAGAGCCUUGAGAGCUCCAGCAAUUCCAAUGAAACCAUAAACUGCAGUUCUGGCUCCUCUUCUCGGGACAGCCUGAGGGAGCCUCCAGCCACUGGCCUGUGUAAGCAGACUUACCAGCGCGAGACAAGGCAUAGCUGGGACUCACCAGCCUUCAACAACGAUGUGGUACAAAGGCGACAUUACAGAAUUGGCCUCAACCUCUUCAAUAAGAAGCCAGAGAAGGGUAUCCAGUAUUUGAUUGAGCGAGGCUUCUUGUCAGACACUCCUGUGGGUGUGGCUCACUUCAUCCUGGAGCGGAAAGGCCUGAGCCGGCAGAUGAUAGGGGAAUUCCUAGGGAACCGGCAGAAGCAGUUCAACAGAGAUGUGUUGGACUGCGUGGUGGAUGAGAUGGACUUCUCCUCUAUGGAUUUAGAUGAUGCACUCCGGAAAUUCCAAUCUCAUAUCCGAGUACAGGGUGAGGCCCAGAAAGUGGAGCGACUCAUUGAAGCUUUCAGUCAGCGGUACUGCGUCUGUAACCCUGCCCUUGUGCGCCAGUUCCGGAACCCAGACACAAUCUUCAUCCUUGCUUUUGCCAUCAUCCUCCUCAAUACUGACAUGUAUAGCCCCAGUGUCAAGGCUGAACGCAAGAUGAAACUGGAUGACUUCAUUAAGAACCUGAGAGGGGUUGACAAUGGUGAGGAUAUCCCCCGAGACCUUCUGGUAGGCAUUUACCAACGCAUCCAGGGUCGUGAACUGCGGACCAAUGAUGACCAUGUGUCCCAGGUGCAGGCAGUGGAGCGCAUGAUUGUUGGCAAGAAACCAGUCCUGUCUCUUCCUCAUCGCCGACUGGUUUGCUGCUGUCAACUCUAUGAGGUGCCAGAUCCAAACCGCCCCCAAAGGCUAGGGCUGCAUCAGCGGGAGGUCUUCCUCUUCAAUGAUCUCCUUGUGGUCACCAAAAUUUUUCAGAAGAAGAAGAUCUUGGUGACAUACAGCUUCCGUCAGUCCUUUCCCCUGGUGGAAAUGCACAUGCAGCUCUUCCAGAAUUCAUAUUACCAGUUUGGGAUCAAGUUACUAUCUGCAGUACCUGGUGGGGAACGAAAAGUCCUCAUCAUCUUCAAUGCUCCUAGCCUCCAGGACAGGCUGCGCUUCACAUCUGACCUGCGCGAGUCCAUCGCUGAAGUGCAAGAGAUGGAGAAGUACCGUGUGGAAUCGGAGCUGGAGAAGCAGAAAGGUAUGAUGCGGCCUAAUGCCUCACAGCCUGGAGGAGCCAAGGACUCAGUGAAUGGGACUCUGGCCCGCAGUAGCUUGGAGGACACUUACGGAGCAGGAGAUGGUCUCAAGAGAGGUGCACUCAGCAGUUCCCUGCGCGACCUCUCUGAUGCAGGGAAGCGGGGGCGGCGUAACAGCGUGGGAUCGCUGGACAGCACCAUCGAAGGGUCUGUUAUUAGCAGUCCACGCCCUCACCAGAGGAUGCCACCUCCGCCCCCACCCCCGCCGCCAGAGGAGUACAAGAGUCAGAGGCCGGUCUCCAACUCCUCAUCCUUCCUGGGCUCCCUAUUUGGAAGCAAGCGGGGCAAGGGGCCCUUCCAGAUGCCACCACCACCAACAGGCCAGGCCUCUGCCUCCUCUUCAUCUGCUUCCUCUACCCACCACCACCACCACCACCACCACCACCAUGGUCACAGCCAUGGUGGCCUGGGGGUGCUACCUGACGGGCAGUCCAAGCUGCAGGCCCUGCAUGCCCAGUAUUGCCAAGGACCAGGCCCUGCCCCACCACCCUACCUCCCACCCCAGCAACCCCCUCUGCCCCCACCUCCUCAGCAGCCGCCACCCCUGCCCCAGCUGGGUUCCAUUCCGCCACCACCUGCCUCAGCCCCACCUGUGGGGCCACAUCGCCACUUCCAUGCCCAUGGCCCAGUCACAGGGCCCCAGCACUAUACCUUGGGCCGGCCAGGCAGAGCCCCACGACGAGGGGCUGGAGGACACCCUCAGUUUGCUCCACAUGGCCGCCACCCCCUGCACCAGCCUACAUCCCCAUUGCCCCUGUACAGUCCUGCCCCCCAACACCCUCCUGCCCACAAACAGGGCCCUAAGCACUUCAUCUUCAGCCACCACCCACAAAUGAUGCCAGCAGCAGGUACAGCUGGGGGCCCGGGGUCUCGGCCACCAGGGGGUUCCUACUCCCACUCUCAUCACCCUCAGUCACCACUGUCACCGCACUCACCCAUCCCACCUCACCCCUCCUACCCGCCCCUGCCCCCACCCUCACCCCACACCCCACACUCACCUCUGCCACCCACCUCCCCCCAUGGCCCACUGCACGCCUCUGGGCCACCUGGCACAGCCAAUGCACCCAGUGCAAACCCCAAGGCCAAGCCAAGCCGGAUCAGCACCGUGGUCUGAUGGAUGGAAUGAGUGAGCUGGGGAAAAGGAAGGUCUGGGGAGUCCACAGGAGAGGGACCUUUCUCCUCUCCUCUUCCUCCGUUUUUUAAAAAAUAUAUAUACACAUAGCAAUGUCCUUCUCUCCACUCCCUUCUUGUUUCCAGACCCCUUCUCCAUCCCCCAGGAGUGGACAUGGGGAUGCCUUUCAGAUUUGGGGACCCUUGCCACUUGCAGCCUGCACUUAGGGCAUUGCAGUGCUGGAAAGUGGUAAGGUCCUCUCAGCAAUCCUUGCCGUCUUUUUCCUGUCUUCCUCCCCUCCUUGCCCCUGGAGGUCUAGCUUGGUGGCCUCAGACCUCUGGGCCAACUGAGCUUCCUUACAGCUCUGGCUAGUGGAGAAGGGAAUGCUUCUGGAGCUGUAAAAGUGGCGGCUUCCCCAGAGCUCCUCUGGCCGUGUGGGGCUAAGAGAGAGCUCUGUAGAGUUGUGGCCAAACCUUAGCUGGCUCGGCCCUCUCUCUGACCUCAGGGCCUGGCCACACACCUUCAUGUGUCUUUCUGCCUGCUGGAGGACACAGACUGUCAGUGCACUUGGUGGGUAGAACCCCUCUUGUGCUAGCCCCUACAUGGGGCAGUGCUUCCUCUUUUGAGCCAAUCUAUGCCCUCUCUCCAGUAGGUCCUAGCCCAGACCUCUUCAGCUUCAGGAACUUGCUUUGCCCUGCAAUGUUCUUUUCCUAAACAAAUUCCAGACAGGUUUUCUGAGGUGGGGGCUCAAGUCUGGGAUGAGAAGGGCACUGCUCUCCCUCACCCAUAUUGCAUGCCCCCCCCAUUCCUUCCACCUCUCCCACCUACAACUGAAGACAAUGCACUUUACAGAUAUCACCCACACACACCUCACUGGGGCAGGGCACCCGGCAUCAGCCCUGGGGAGAGGCUCCCAGAGGGCCACCCUGAGCCUAACAUGUCCUUUCCAAGGCAGAGAUUGAAGCCAUCAGAGCCAGGGCUGGGAGACAGAGAACCCAAGUCCUUCUGUCCAUCAAAAUCUCCAGCCCUUUUGCAGCCCUGUUUAUUUAUUAUAAAUAUAUUUUUACAAGCCCCAGCUCUUAUUCUUGCCCUGCACAUCCAGCUCCUUUCGCAGCUAUCUUCCUCUCCCCUGUCCAUUAUGGGCUGCAGUACAGACAGACAGACCCUGGAUGUCAAAGGGCCAGGGACCCUGGGGUUUGGGGGUG